AUGCCAGGUCGUGGUGAUGAAAGCGAGGAUUUGAUGUUUCGUUUGGAGCUUUCGUUUGUAGACGUGAACCGCGUUGGAAGAGCUCGGAUCGUGCCGAAAAGCCAAUUGACAGCAGUCAACCAAUAUUUGACUCGAGGCAAAUCAUUUGCGAAAGUGCAGGUGCACUGGGCAGUGGCCACCGCAAUCAUGCCCAGUGUACGAGGCCAGGAGUUACAUCAAGUGAGGAGGAGAGACAAGAUACACUUUUGCGGAUAUGGCAGAAUGCUGUCAUUAUCGCGACGGGGUAUAUACAUGGAACAGCAAGAUCGCUCGAGUCAAACCAGGUGA